ACAGUGCCUGUUAUGAUAAGGUUAAAACGGCUGUGUUGCAGAUUUAUGAAUUGGUCCCUGAGGCUUACCGCCAACGAUUUAGAACUUUAAAAAGGGAUGAUAAACAGACUCAUGUUGAGUUUGCGCGACAAUUAUCUGUACAGUUUAAUCGCUGGUGUUCUGCCUCUGCAGUUGUGACUUUCCAAGGGCUGUGUGAUCUGAUUAUGUUAGAGCAAUUUAAGGACACAAUCCCUGAUUGUAUUGCCACCUAUAUUAACGAACGAAAAGUAAAGAAUGUCGCUGAAGCUGCGGUUUUGGCGGAUGAGUAUGUGUUGACUCACAAAAGUGUAUUUGCAGAGCCCCGUAUUCGGAAUYAGUGGGGGCGUUCGGAUAGAUUUGGGCUUCGCUCACCGAGAUACUAUGGUUCAUGGGCAGAGUCCUAUUCAACUAGGGUUGAGCCUGACUCCCGUGGUAAAGCUAACUUUGGGCAAGAGUGUCACUACUGUCACGGUUCCGGUCAUUGGAAAAACGAAUGUCCACAUCUCAGGUCAAAGGGUGCUUACGCUAAAUCUAAGCCUACUGCGUUAGCUGCGCCUGUUCCAKAUCAGUUCAUUCAUGACUCAUUGCCUCAGGUCCAGGAGCAUGUGAAAGUACAUAUUGAUCCAGACUAUUUACCUUUCAUUACGGAAGGUUUUGUGUCUAUGUUAGGAAGUAAGGAAUUAGUGCCAGUGAAGAUCUUGAGACACAGGUGCCUCCGAAUCGUUUGUGUUGGAGUCUGUGUUACCCUUUUCAGCUGAGACUGAUUCGGGGAAUAGUGUUCUAAUUAGGGGAAUAGGUUUGAACACUCUUUCAGUUCCAUUGCAUAAACUGAUGUUGGAUUGUGGGCUGGUGAAGGGUGAAGUUGUUGUGGGGGUGCGUCCUUCGUUGCCUAUUGAGGGUAUCGACGUUAUCCUUGGGAAUAACUUGGCUGGUGAUCGUGUAUGGCCUGUCGAGGUUACAUCUCUUGUUUCCAUAAAGCCGUCAGUUGUUGAGAUUCCUGAUGAGUGUACAAAGCUCCCCAGAGAGGUUCAGUGCGUGUGCAGUGACGCGUUCUAUGGGCCGUGGCGAACUGGUCAAUGUGCCGAAUAAUGAGAAUACCACAAAGAAGUAUGCCACUGUUUUCCCUGUUAUCCCGUUAUCUGUAACCCGCUCAGAUCUAAUCACUGCGCAACGGGAUGACUCCACAUUAGAAGAGUUGCUUGACCAAAUUGUGCCUGUGGAACAGUUGGGAGAUGUCGCCCAUGGCUAUUUUCUCCAAGAGGAUGUCCUGAUGAGAAAGUGGGUGUCUCAUGGUAGUUGUUUUCUAGGGGAGGCGAUUAGUCAGGUUGUAGUACCAGUAAAACUUCGUGAGUUGGUGUUGACAACUUCUCACAAUGAUGUUGCUGGACAUAUGGGUGUGAGGAAAACAUACCAUCGCAUAUUAAGACAUUUCUUUUGGCCUAGAUUAAAGAGGGAUGUCUCUGAUUUCAUCAAAACUUGUCAUACCUGUCAAUUAACUGGUAAACCUAAUCAAGCUAUUAAGCCGGUGACACUGUUUCCUAUUCCUGUACUCAGCCAACCUUUUGAGUAUCUGAUCAUUGACUGUGUGGGUCCUUUGCCUCGUUCUAAAAAGGGAGAAAUGGCUAAAGAGAAGUUAUCUUCACAGGAGAGGUUGAAGGACAUAUUUGAUCGCCGAACUGAGCCUCGUCAGUUUACUCCGGGUGACCAGGUUCUUGCUCUGCUGCCAAUUGUUGGUUCUCCUUUUCAAGCCAAGUUUCAAGGUCCAUAUACAGUGGUGCGUCAGUACACUGAAAAAAAUUACCUAGUUGCCACUCCAGAACGGAGGAAAGCACACCAGCUGUGCCAUGUAAAUUUGUUAAAACCCUAUUAUGCACGUUCCUCUGAGAUUGAACAGUGGGAGUCUACAGAGGAKGGUUGCUGAGGUCUGG